GAGGGAGGUAAACAAGAUGGCAGCAGCCUAGAAGCAGCAGCUGCUGUGAAGAACAGAUGAGAGAAAAUAAACGAACGAAGAGGAAACUUGGAAUAAUCGCGCGUGUUCUGAGCCGUGAUUGACUCGUGCUGAUCUGUGCAGGUCUCAGGCAUUUUGAAUCUUGCACAUGGAUCUGCCAUAACGCUGAAGAGAAAUAGGACAUCCUCAUUCUUGAUCGCAGCAUACCAAAGAGAAGUUCCUGGACGUCUCCGGGUCGUACCACUCCAGCUGGAUACGCGGCAAUCGCGACGGCUGGACGCUCAAAUUCGGAUUGAAGUAUUCACGUUGCUAAUCUGCAGAGAUGGCCAGGAAUCCUGUGAUUCCCAGUGUUGGCUAAUGUAGCCGUGUGAGACAAGCGAAUUAUUCAAGGCUUGUUGCCACUUAUUUUUAGAUUGUUGCCCCCGUGGGGAGUUUGUGUGGAACUGUCCACUUCUGUUGCUACUGCUGUGGUGAAUCAGUUCUGGUGCUGUUCUACUGACCGAUCUUCCCCAUUCAGAACUGCACCGCCGUUGACCCGGAAUACAAAUAUCCCCGUCGGCCGUUCUGCUGGAGUUGAGCCCUGGAGCGAGCGAGGGAGUGAGAGUGAUGAUGAGUGUUGGCGGUGAUCUUCAUCAUCUGGACUACCUGACAGAAAAUGAGCUCAUGGGGAUGGACACCUUCAUCCACCGCAUCGACUCCACCGAGGUCAUCUACCAGCCUCGCCGCAAGCGAGCCAAACUCGUCGGGAAGUAUCUGAUGGGAGAUUUGCUCGGGGAGGGCUCGUACGGGAAGGUCAAGGAGAUGCUGGACUCAGAGACUCUGUGUCGGAGAGCCGUGAAGAUCCUGAAGAAGAAGAAGCUGAGAAGGAUUCCGAAUGGAGAGGCUAAUGUGAAAAAGGAGAUUCAGCUACUGGGACGACUCCAGCACAAGAACGUCAUCCAGCUGGUGGACGUCCUGUACAACGAAGAGAAGCAGAAGAUGUAUAUGGUCAUGGAGUAUUGUGUGUGUGGGAUGCAGGAAAUGUUGGAUAGCGUUCCAGAGAAAAGAUUUCCAGUGUUUCAAGCUCACGGGUACUUCUGCCAGCUUUUGGAUGGUCUUGAAUACUUGCACAGUCAGGGAAUAGUACAUAAAGACAUUAAACCAGGCAAUCUGCUGCUGACUACAGACGGGACGUUAAAGAUCUCUGAUUUGGGUGUAGCAGAGGCGCUACACUCGUUUGCGGAGGAUGACACGUGCAGGACGAGUCAGGGGUCGCCGGCGUUCCAGCCGCCCGAGAUUGCCAACGGCCUCGACACAUUUUCAGGGUUUAAAGUGGAUAUCUGGUCUGCUGGAGUCACACUAUACAACAUAACCACAAGCCUGUACCCGUUUGAAGGGGACAACAUCUAUAAGCUGUUUGAGAACAUUGGGAAGGGUGACUACAGUAUUCCAGAGGAGUGCGGCCCACUGCUCUCAGAUCUGUUGAGAGGAAUGCUGGAAUAUGAUCCGGCGAAGAGAUUCUCCAUACAGCGGAUCAGACAACACAAUUGGGUUCGUAAGAAGCAUCCGCCCUCAGAACCGCCCGUGCCCAUCCCGCCCAGCGCCGAGGCGCGAGACUCAUGGAGGAGCAUGACGGUGGUGCCGUACCUGGAGGAUCUCCACGGUUACACUGAUGAUGACGAGCUGUUUGACGGGGAAGAUGACAUCAUAUACACUCAGGACUUCACGGUACCAGGGCAGGUGACGGAGGAUGAUGAGGAGGAGGAGGAAGAUCGAGCUCCAGAGCUCAGUUGUGCUGUAGCAAAGCCGCUGUGUGUGAACGGGACCGAGUCUGCAUCACUCAAACCCAAAUCCGAGCGCCGCUCCAGUUCCUCCUCAAAUCCCUCGCGGAAGGGCAUUUCUGCCGCCAGCAAGAUCCGCAAACUGUCCACCUGUAAGCAGCAAUGACCCGCCCCUGUACAGGUGUUGUUUCCCCGGCCGACGAUACACUGAACGCACAUUUGUGUCAUAACCAUGAACUGUAAGACAAACUGCAGCAGGGGACGCUCACCUGAGGAGGCUCUUGAAGACGAGUUUCCCACAAUCCUCCUCUCUCACAUUCGGUUUCUCCUCUGUCCCAUACGGUCUCGUCCUGUUCGGCGCCCAAAGACGUUUGUUUUGUCUGUAGCGGCUGAUGAUGAACAUCUGAUCUCACCGUUUAGUUUUUACAACAUCUUUUAAUUUACCGUAAUGAACUGCAGUUUAACAGAUUGAUGUAAAGGAAUGACUUUAAUGAUUGAAAGAGGAAAUCUGGUGAUGAUGAUGAUCACACCGAUGUUAUAUAAUCGCAUGCUGUGUCACGUUUGGAGAGACUGACUGACGGCUGCACACUGCAGAUGUUUGCCUUUAUUUUUCCCCGUUUGGUUUGUUUCUUCUUUUCCCUGAUUAAAUAUUUUUUAAGUAUUAUUUAUAUAAAACACAUCCCAACCGAAACUGUUUCCGUUUGUUUUUGUGGGAGAAUUCAAGCUCCGAUAAUGACACAUGAUACAGUUUCCACACAUCUGGUGCGCUUCUGAAGUGCACGUGCAGGACUUUAUCCACUGAGGUCUCUGGACUCUGAACAUUAUUGUUGUGAUCACAGAUGAGAUAUUUAAUUUGGUUUUCUUGUCAGUAAAAAUGUUCAUUCUGCAGGAGAGAGUGUUUUAUAGGUUUAUUUGCUGCACUCAACUGAUUGUCACGUCCAAAACUCGCUCUCCAUCAGAGGUGUAGUCAAGACCAGACUAAGACUAGA